AUGGCUGGACCUGGUGUUCUCAAUGAGCGUAUCCUUUCUUCCAUGUCCCAGAAACAUGUUGCUGCUCACCCAUGGCAUGAUUUGGAGAUAGGACCAGGGGCUCCUGAAGUGUUCAAUUGUGUGGUUGAGAUUCCUAGAGGCAGCAAGGUUAAGUAUGAGUUGGACAAGGCAUCUGGUCUGAUCAAGGUGGACCGUGUCCUUUAUUCCUCUGUUGUUUACCCACAUAACUAUGGUUUCAUUCCACGCACACUCUGUGAGGAUAGCGACCCCAUGGACGUCCUCAUACUGAUGCAGGAACAAGUUGUCCCUGGGUGUUUCCUGCGAGCUCGUGCUAUUGGGCUCAUGCCUAUGAUCGAUCAGGGCGAGAAAGAUGAUAAGAUUAUAGCAGUCUGUGCUGAUGACCCUGAAUUCCGUCACUACACGGACAUCACGGACCUUCCCCCGCAUCGCCUUCAAGAGAUCCGCCGCUUUUUUGAAGAUUAUAAAAAGAAUGAAAACAAAGAGGUUGCAGUGAAUGAGUUCCUCCCAGCGAAAGAUGCCAUCAACGCAAUCAAGUACUCGAUGGACCUGUAUGGCUCAUACAUCAUUGAAAGCCUGAGGAAGUGA